UGUAAAUGACGUCAUCUGUGGCAAUCAAGAUGGCUACCGUUGGCGUGUAAAUGGGUCUUGUAAUACAGUUAGACGCCUCGCCGAGGCAUUUUAAAUCUGUUUCCUCCCUUUGACAGUUUUCCACUUGAUUAUAACAGUAGGGGAUAAUCGGAUAGCUAAAAGGUGCGCGAAUUAUUCCAGGCAGCCUAACUUACUGGAGCUCAUUUUCUUCUCUUCUUGCUUGAAAUCUCCAGUUAAAGCUGGGAAGCGAAGAGUCGCCGAAAUUUACCUAGCAUGGAGGGCGGGGAGUACAUAUCCUCAAUGGAAAAUAUGGAUCCGACCUUGUCAGAGCUUGGAGACGAAUUUACUCUCGGUGACAUCGAUGAGAUGCUCCAGUUUGUCAGUAACCAAGUGGGUGAAUUCCCCGACCUGUUUGAAGACCAAAUGGCCCAGGGGUCUCUCCAGAGCGCUGCUGGGGGUGCACCUCGUCCGACCCCUCAGGUACCCCAGACUGUCGCCCUCGCCCCAGCAGCUGCACCUGCUGCUCAGUCCCUGCCCCUCACCCCUCCCCAAACCCCCGCCCAGACCACGCCCCAGCUGCGGUCCCCUCCCCUGCUCCAGCCACGCCCUGCGCCAGCCCAGCAGAUCCAGCCCACCCAGACCCUGCAGGUCCAGACCCAGGCUGUCCCGAUGCAGACCCAGGCUGUCCCAGUCCAGGCCCAGGCCCUCACCGUUCAGACCCAGAGCUUCCCGGUCCAGACCCAGGCCCAGACUGUGAUGUUCGCCCCAACCCUCACCACCGCCUCCCCGUCCCGCUUCAUCCAGAACCAGGUCAUCUGUCACCAGAGUCCCACCACCAGCUUCCAGGUCCUGCAGCCACAGAUGCAGAGCAUUAUGACAUCGCCACAAGUUCAGCCAAUGACAAUACAGCACCAGCGUGUUCUGACACCAGCGGGCCAGACUAUACAGACGCUAUCAACGCCCUCUGCUGUACAUACAGUGUCACCGCAGAUGCAACAGGUCCAGCAGGUCCUUGUCCACCAGCCCCAGAUUUUGAAGACUGAUUCAUUGGUGCUGACAACUCUGAAGCCAGAUGGGACUCAGGUUCUGUCCACGAUGCAGAACCCAGCCAGCAUCACCACGCUGACCACGCCCAUCCAGACCACCGCCCUACAGGUGCCGACUCUGAUGGGCGGAAACAUUCUCACCACUGUACCUGUCAUGAUGGGAGGCGGAGACAAGCUGCCCAUCAAACAGCUGUCAUCAGGGGUGUCCCACAGCAUGGGUAACAGCAGAGCGGGCCUGGACCAGGGGUUAGGAGUGGGGAUGGGUCCCGGGACGGGCAUGAAGGAAGGAGAGAGGAGAACCACCCACAACAUCAUUGAAAAGAGAUACCGCUCCUCCAUCAACGACAAGAUCCUGGAGCUCAGGGACCUGGUGAUGGGCAACGACGCCAAGAUGCACAAGUCGGGAGUGUUGCGAAAGGCUAUCGACUACAUCAAGUAUCUGCAGCAGGUCAACCACAAACUGCGGCAGGAGAACCUGACCCUGAAGAUGUCCAACCAGAAGAACAAGUCGGUCUGUCUGACGGAUGACUCCGUGGAGAUGAAGCCCGAGGUGGUGAUGAUGUCUCCCCCAGCGUCGGACUCGGGUUCCGGCUCCCCCCACCAAUUCUCCCCAUACUGCAUCGACUCGGAACCCGCCAGCCCCUUACUAGAGCACGAGCAGGUGAAGAGCGAGCCGAACUCGCCCUCCUCCGUCGGAGUGAUGGACCGCUCCCGUCUCCUCCUCUGCGCCCUUACCUUCCUCUGCCUCUCCCUCAACCCCCUGCCCUCGCUCCUGGGGUCCGAGGCCCGGGGCGGGGUGUCCGAUGCCCGCGGGGCGGGGCCCGGCUGGGUGGCCGCGGGAGGAGGGCACGGGCCCACCAGGUCCCUGUUCGGCCUGCCCAGUCAAACCCAGAACUUUGCUGGAUGGCUGUGGUGCCUGUUGCCCUGGGUGAGUGUGUGGGUAUUGAGCGGCGUGGGGGCCGUGUGGGGGUGCGUCAGAGUGCUGUACCUCUGGGAGCCCAUCACCCCCCUCCACUCCCCCAAAUCCGUCUGCUUCUGGAGACACCGGAAGCAAGCAGACCUCCACUUGCACAGGGGUGAUUACGCCGCUGCAGACGCCAGCCUGCAGACCUGCCUGUCUGUCUUGUCCCGGGCCCUGCCGACCUCCGGUCUGGACCUGGCCUGCUCGCUGUCCUGGAACGUGAUUCGCUACUGCUUGCAUCGGCCCACCCCGCUGGGCUGGCUGGUGCGCCAGAUUGGAGGGAGGCACAAGGGGGAGGAGUCUCGGACCAGCGCCCGAGACGCAGCGCUGGUCUACCACCGCCUGAGUCAGCUGCAGCUCACCGGGAAGCUGGCUCAGCGCAGCAGUCUGUGGGGCCUGUCUCUGUCUCUCAGUGCGGUGAAUCUAAGCGAGAGCGCUCAGGGGAAGAUGGCCCCGGCCCAGCAGGCCGAGAUCUACGUCACUGCGGCAACGGCACUCAGGGUCCUGCUCGGACACCACCUGUCCUGUCUGCCUGGAUACCUGUUGAGCUGUGCCGAAGGCGUGGCCUGUCAGUCAGAUUCCAGGCCGCUCCCUGAAUGGCUGCGCUGGCUCUUCACCCCACUGGGCAGACAGUUCUUCUUGAGCUGUGAUUGGUCUGUGAAUUCUGAGAGUCGAGAAGGGGUGUACACUUCCCAACGAGAUCCAGCGGACCCCAUCUCCCAGCUGCAUCGCUGUUUCUGUGAGAAGCUACUGGAGAGAGCCGUGCAUUCCCUCAUACAACCACACUCUAACGCAGGCACCAGCAAGCGCAGGGAUGACAACGGGGAGUUCGCCAGUGCAUUGGAGUACCUCCAGCUGCUGAACAGCUGUACUGAAGAGCCGCCCACCCCCACACCCCCUUUCCCUCCCCCGCCCAGUCACAACGCCAGGCCAGUGGGAGACCCUGUGUGUCGCUGGUGGGCGUUGGUCCUGAAGGCAGCUGCCCAUUGGCUGCAGGGUGAUGAUGCGGUGGUGAGGUCACUGCUGGCCGAGGCAGAGCGCAUGCCCAGAGCCCUGCACACACUCGAUCACCCCCUGCCGAAGGCUGUGUCCCUGCUGUGCAAGGCCGUGCAGCUGAGUCUGACCUCCCAAAAGGGGGAGGGGACGCUGUCCUGCCAGGCACACUGUGAGCGGGCCAGCAGCUACCUGAACACCAGCAUCUCCCUGCCCCUCGCCCCGCCCUCUAACUGGCUCAACAAGGGGGUAGAGCUUCUGGUGUGCGACCUCCUGCUGACCCUGAGGACCAGCCUGUGGCAGCGAGGGGGAGGGGCCAAUGGGGAGCCAGGCCCUGUCCUGAGUUCUCAGCUGGCCGGAUUCCAGAGGGACCUGAGCUCUCUGCGCAGGAUAGGACAGUGCUACAGGCAGGCUCAGCACAAGGUGUUCUUGCAUGAGACCACGGUGAGGCUGAUGGCGGGGGCCAGCCCCACCCGCACUCACCAGCUGCUGGAGCACAGCCUGAGACGUCGCAGUCACAACCCGGAAUCUUCCGCAGAAGGGGAGUGCCUGCUGGGAGAGAGGGAGAGGGCUCACGCCAUCCUGCUGGCCUGCCGACACCUGCCCCUGCCCCUGCUGACCCCUCCAGGGCACCGCGCCCGCUUGCUGGCAGAGGCCAAGCGCACGCUGGAGCGGGUGGGCGACCGGCGCUCUGUACAGGACUGCCAACAGAUCCUGCUCCGGCUGAGUGGAGGAACCACCAUCGCAGCCUCCUGAGGAAAUGCACACAGUCUACGCACACUUUACACACACUUUAUACAUAGCCUACACAUAGCCUCCUCCCAGACUACACCCAGCGUUCACAUAGCCUACACCUACCUUACACAUAGCCUACACCCAUCUUACACAUAGCCUACACCCAGUCUACACAUAGUCCAGAUCAGCUGAGCUAAAUAUGACCAUACGUGUAUACAUCCCCACCCAUGUACAGGUACACCUCCAUAAUGUGCAUGGCCUCCUCCAUGCACUGAUAUGCACACACAUACACACGCACACGCACACACCCAUACAGACUGCGUUAAUGAUACACAGACUGGGCCUCAGUUCACAAACCAUGACUGCAGACAUGUUUCAUACACACUGGAGUGACUGGGAAAGUGAUGUAGAAAAGUGAGACCGUGCUUGGAUAGGCUAUAAGGCAGAUUGGGUGAGCAGGCAGACCAGUAGAUGCUAUAUGCUAAUAGAUUAUGUACAUGCACUAGACACGUGCAGAUAUGCACAUACAUUUGCAUCACGCAGGUGUUAACAGGAACAAAGUCAGUCUGUGCUGACGUCUUUGUUUGUUUUUGUCAUUGGUGAUAGAAUGACUCCUGCAGUCACUCACAGUUUGUGUGUGUGUGUACGUGUGCUUAAAAGAGAGAGAAAUGUUUGUUUUUUAAAGUGUUUGUAUGCAUUUGACAUCACACUGCAGCUAAACAGGGAAUAUCCAUUACAGGAAGUAAUGCAGGAGGCAAUUGGAGCGCUUUGGUGCAGUAAGACUUGAUGCUGACCCUUUAGCAUUUAUGAUGCAAUGUUUAUUACUGAUUGCAAAAAUUCCUCCCCAGGCUAAUUUCUCUUAGUUGAGCAGUAGCAGUAUGUACCUACCUCAUUGACUGUACAGUGCUGGUUUACUGUAUCACAGUACAAUACUGCAUCAACAGGAAAUAGAAUAGUACAGUGUAAAUGGACUGUACCUAAAUGCAAUGCUCAUUGAAUAGCAUGGUGUAAUACUGUUGAAGUUGCACUGCAAAAUGCUCAUUUUGAUUCCAUUCGCAGUUGCUUUAGACCAGGGGUAACCAACCCUGUUCCUGGAGAUCUACAAUCUUGUAGGUUUUCACUCUAACCUUAACAAUGCACACCAUUCAACAGCUGAAGAUCAUGUUUCUAAUUAUUAGAAUCAGGUGUGUUAAAUUGGGGCUUAAAUGAAAACAUACAAGAAUGGUAGAUCUCCAGGAACAUGGUUGGUUACCACUGCUUUAGAUACACAACCAGACAGCACGUGAUUUGUAUAUAAUUGUACAGAACAGUGUAGAUUGAAGUCUUAAAACACGGGAAAAGAAAGCAAGAUGUUCUCACAAUAGAGACAAUAUAGGGGAAAACAUGAGAAUCCCCCAAAAAACCCUCCAAAACCAGCUAAUUUUAGGGGCCAGAUUACAGACAAGCUGCAGAAAACUUAGACUGGUGGGUGAGCUUUGACCAUGAUCGAUCUUUGAUCAUGCGUUCUUUGACUUGAAUGGUCAGAAAAUACUGCCGACCAACAUUUAUGGGGUCCAGCCAAAACGAGUCCGCUACUUGCAUUAAUGGGUAGUGAUAGAAAGACUUUUGAUAGAGCUUGUGAGCUUUAAGGCCUUAGUUUAGAUUGGAUUUCCCCCCCCCCCCCCCAUACUAUUGUCAUGCCUUCUGUAAUGACAAAUUAUUCAAAUGCUGUUGUCAUUAUACUUCUAUCAUUGUCAUCUUUGUCAUUUUUAUUUAAUAAUAGUAAUAUUAUUGUAUGUGUUUUGCUCAAAGCUGAUUGGUAAUACUUGGUUUUGGGAAGCGAGUGAUAUCAUUUUGUUAUUAGCGUUUUAUAUUUUAAAGGCAACUUUACAACUCUUCGUGUCAGAAGGGAAGGGUUAGAAACAAUAAAGCUGUUCUUUAUUAUUGAAUUGAUUUAUUUCUUUUGAAAGGUAGUGUGUUGUCUUCACUAUAAAAUAAAUUAGAAUCACGAUUUUAGAUAUUUUAGAUUUGUUCACAUGUACACUCGGACACACAAAGAUUCGGUGAUCAGCAGAUACUGCAACGCUCUUCCAAUAGCUGGUUUCCCGGAGAUUUAUAGGCUUGUGGCAAUAAGGUAGAAUGCUCAUCACGCGGAACGGUCCGACGUUCCUCCACAGAUAUGGUAGCUUCAGCUGAAGUACUGCUGCGGAAAAUUCCACUGGUGUGUCAGUUACUCCAUUCACCGAUACGAAUCUUUUCCAACCAAAAAAAAAAAAAAAACCCUCAAUACUGAGCUUGUGUUUACGCUACACAACGGUCCACUGUUGGUAGGGAUUUCACUAUUGCUAUGUUACAAUGUUUUGCAUUCCCUGUAUGUAUGUUUUGUUUCGGGCUUGUUAAUGUUCAUUUUUGUUUUUGUUUUUAAUAAAAGCUUAUAACAGUGGGAAGCAAAAA